GUUGGAGGAGGGGGGGGAGGGGAAAGAGGGGGGGGAGGAGGAGGGGCAGGAAGGGGAGGGAGGGAGAUCAGCGCUGAGGACGGCGGCUAUGGCUGCCCGAAGAAGACACCGCAGGCUGGGUUUGUGCAUCGUCUUGGCAAUCGUCGUCUUCGCCUCCGUGGCGAUCGCUUCCAUCGAGGCGAGCAAGAAGGUUUCUUCUUCCUUCUCUUCUUCCUCCUCUUCCCCCUCUUCUUCCUCUUCUAAUCCUCCUCCAUCCUCCUCCUCCUCCUCCACGGGUGGGUUGGAUGAGGUCACUCACAAGGUCUUCUUCGAUGUCACCAUUGGCGGGAAAGACGUGGGGAGAAUCGUGAUUGGCUUAUUUGGCAAGGUCGUUCCACUGACCGUUGAGAAUUUUCGCGCGCUUUGCACAGGCGAGAAGGGGGUCGGGAAAUUGGGCAAGCCCCUCCACUACAAGGGGUCGGCUUUCCACCGCAUCAUCCCAGGCUUCAUGGUACAAGGGGGCGAUAUAACGACGGGAAAUGGACUAGGGGGGGAGUCCAUAUACGGGGAGAGAUUCCAGGACGAAAACUUCAAGCUGAAGCACACGGGCCCAGGCGUGCUGUCAAUGGCAAACGCGGGAGGAGACACGAACGGCUCGCAGUUCUUUAUCUGCACGGUGACCACCAGCUGGCUGGAUGGCCGCCACGUGGUCUUUGGAAAGGUCAUCAGUGGGAUGGACGUGGUGUACAAGAUCGAGGCGGAGGGAUCCCAACAAGGCACUCCCAAACGCAAAAGACUAGGCUUUGGGGGGAUGGGGAAAGAGGAGGAGGAGGAGGAGGAAGAGGAGGAGGAGAACGAGGAAGAGGAGAAAGAGGAGAGGGAGGAGGAGGACGAAGAGGGGGAGGAGGAGGAGGAGUAGAAGGGGACUAAGUCUUAGUCGGGAGGACUAGGGUUUGGUUGUGACAGUUGCUGAGUUAGUUGCGUUUGCACAACGUUUCUGUUAACGUCUGUAUAGCGGGCUGGUCCUGCGUGGCAAUAUUCUUUUUCUGUUGACGUCUGUAUAGCGGGCUGGUCUUGCGUGGCGAUAUUCCUUUUCUGUUGACGUCUGUUUGUCUGAUAUGUCUAUCCAUGUGCUUUCAGGGCGCGAGGUCCCACUAGCGAAGAGGGUUGGAUAAGUCUCCUGAAUCUGGACGUGUUUUAAGCGGAGAUGCGGAAAAGC